AUGCGAGCAUCGUCCUUCCACGUGUCGGCGCGUGUGAUGCGGCCAGCUACGCAGCCGACGCUGGCGUUUGAUCCCCAUGCCAAGACAGCGAUGGACAAGCAAGAGCCACCUGCACCUGGAGCUGACUUUCGUGUUGUGAUUGUAGGAGCGGGCAAUAUCAACUUCGGUUCCGACGAAGGUCCAUGGAACCACACGUUCCGUCUUGAACACAAGCUCGGGCCGCGUCUGAAAGUGGUGGCACUCAUUGACCCAAGCGCGGAGCGUGCAAAGCGUGUGCUAAGGAUGAAGUGCCAGUCGUUCGUGCUCAGUGCAUAUAAAGACACCAUCGUGUACCCUUCAUUCAAGGACUACAUGAACUCGGUGACGCCUGAGACGUAUCCCCAUGCGGUAUGGGUGGGCUCCCCGCCAGCGUACCGCGGAGGCACGGAGCCUGGACGCAACUUGGAGAUGCUGUUGACAGACGGACUACCGCGUGUGCCAUUGUUCAUUGAAAAGCCCGUGUCGACGGGACCUGUGGACCAAGCAUUCCAGGUGUCCGAGAUGCUGAAGCAGAAUGGCAGUCUCGUCAGUGUGGGAUACAUGCUGCGAUACUUGAAGGUCGUGCAAAAGAUGAAGCAAAUUCUCACCGAGAACAACUUGAAGGUGAUGGCCAUCAAUGCGCGCUACAUCAUGGCAUACGAACACACGGCUAAGCUUGACUGGUGGGACAAGUCUAAGAACCCGGGGCCUAUCGUCGAGCAGGCGACGCACUUCUGCGACUUGGCACGCUAUUUUGGUGGUGAGGUGGACCUCAGCACUGUCAUGGCGCACUCGCUCGAGUACUUUGAGCCAGCGGGCCAACUGAGCAAAAUCCCUGUGGAUGAGUCGCUGAUUGAGCCCGAGAACCGGAUCCCACGCAUCACCUGCGCGACGUGGAAGUUCCAGUCAGGCGCCGUUGGCUCUUUGACACACGCCGUCGCACUCCAGGGCACGAACUAUUCAACAGAGAUUGACGUGUUCGCGGAUGGAUACUCACUGCGUCUCAUUGAUCCUUACAAUGCGCCUAUGCUGUACAUCCGCCGUCCUGGCGAUGACCAUGAGGAGGUACUGCGGUACAAUGAUGAUGAUCCCUUCUUCUCUGAGGUGUCGAAUUUGAUCGACUGCAUUGAGCAUGGCGAGGGCACGUCGCCGAUCCUAAGCUCGUACGAGGAUGCUGCCAAGACGUAUGCACUCACGUGGGCCAUCCGUGAGGCUAGUGAGCGGACGGUGCGCAAGCCAUAG